AAGCGCCGCGCGCUGCCCAACUAUACAAACUUAGAAUUAGAACCAAAAGAGAGAGGGCUUCACGCUUCUGAUUUGUAUACUGUAGCCAUGUCUUCCGCCGCCGCCGGCAGCCCCGCGCACAUCCUCGCCUUCCCUUUCUCCUCGCCGGGACACAUCAUUCCUUUCCUCGAUCUCACCCGCCUGUUCAUCACCCGCGGCCUCACCGUUACCGUAUUGGUCUCCCCGAGUCACGUCCAUCUUCUCCAACCCAUGCUAUCAUCGUCUUCUUCCAUCCAACCCUUGGUUCUCGACUGCUUCGAUUCCUUCCAGUCUGCUUCUGGACUUCCUGCUAAAAUACGUGCCACCGCUAGGCUUUAUGAUCCGAUACUCCACUGGUUUCGAUCCCACCCCUCCCCCCCGGUGGCCAUUUUAUCUGACAUGUUUCUGGGCUGGACCCAACAACUCGCCUCGGAACUCGGGGUGCCGCGUCUGGUAUUUUGGCCUUCCGGGGCAUUAACCGCCUCGGUUUCCAAUUCACAGUGGCGUAACCUGCCGAAGAACGAUUAUCCCGGAAACGAAAACUCUUUGAUUUCUUUCCCGGAGAUUCCGAAUUCUCCGACUUACCGGUGGUCGGAAAUCACACCUUUUUGCCGCGAUUUCAAGAAAGGAGACGCAGACUACGAGUUCCUCAGAAGUGGGAUGCUGGCGAAUAUGGAGAGUUGGGGUGUCGUGUUCAACUCGUUCAGUGAGUUGGAAUCGGUCUACCUUGAUCACAUCAAGAAAAUUGUUGGGCACAACCGGGUCUGGGCGGUCGGGCCCUUAUUACCGCCUGAAGAACGGGUCGGACCCACGAACCGUGGCGGGUCGAGCUCAAUUCCAGCUUAUCGAGUAAAGGCGUGGCUUGACGAGAAGGCUGACGACUCCGUCGUCUACAUCUGCUUCGGCAGCCGCGUUACGCUGCCGAGGAAGCAAACUGAAGUAUUGGCGGCUGCUCUAGAGUGCAGCGGGGUGCAUUUUAUCUGGUGCGUAAAGGCCGCCGAUGAAGGACGCGUGGGGAGCGAAGAUGGCGGGAUCCCAGAUGGGUUCGAGGAUCGCGUGGGAGAACGAGGGUUCAUAAUAAGGGGGUGGGCCGCGCAGGUUGAGAUACUGAGUCACCGAGCGGUGGGAGCGUUCGUGACUCACUGCGGGUGGAACUCGCUGUUGGAGGGACUCACCGCGGGGGUCCUGAUGCUGACGUGGCCAAUGGGCGCCGACCAAUUCACCGAUGCUAAGUUACUGGUCGACCAACUCGGCGUGGCGAUUCGAGCUUGCGAAGGGGGACCCCAAAGGGUUCCAGACUUGGCCGAGUUGACUCGUUUGCUGGCCGAGUCGGUUAGUGGGUCCAGGCCUGAGCGAAGCCGAGUUGCGGCGUUGCGUGAGGCGGCGCGGAAGGCGGUCAAUGCUAAUGGAGGAAGCUCAACCAAAGAUUUGGAGGAGCUAUUGAAGCAGCUCGGCGGCCUCAUUAAAGAUGGCAGGAAGAUAAAUGAGACUAAUUACUGAAUAUAAUGCGCGAUUAAAAAUGUUAUCUUUUUUGUUAGCUUGAAAAAAUCAAUUGUUAUUUCUACAUAAAAUUGCUUUCUUUCUUUUGGGUUAAGACACAAAUUGUUGUGAUCGUCCCUUGGACGGAGGUACCCAAAAGAAGCAAUUAGUCAAAACUGAUGGCAUUAUCUAUC